CAAGAGAAUGGUCACCAAGGCAACGUUUCAUUAACAGGUCUGAGUCUUUCACAAAGAGAGAGGGAAGCCUCCUUCUACUUAAGCUGUUGGUCUGCCCUAGAAUUUCUUGGAAUCCAGGAACUGGGCUCCAAGUCAAGACCAGCUGAUUCAACCAAGCGCCCCCUACAGGCAGAGCUGGCAGAGUAAAAUUUCAACUCCUCUCCAUGGCCCACCAAAACUUGGCCUCGAAGAUCUUCUGCUUAUGCUGCAGAGACUGUGAGGAGCCCCAUGCCAUGGAUGACUCCAAGGUCCCCAGCCAAACCCAAGAGCAUCAGCCAUCGAACUUCAGCUUGCAGAAGGGGGAGCUGGCCAGCAAGAGUUCCAAGCAUGCUAAGGAAGCCUCCGGCUUGCCUUUGGGACAACCUCUGAUCCACCCAGAAAAGAAAGCCUCUUCCACCAGCAACAAAGAGUAUGAAGAAUGGAAUACACGUGUGUGCCCAAGAGGUUUUUACAAGAGAAACCUAAACCGCUACUCUCAGGACCACUGGCCAUUCCAGCCAUGCCACAUAGGGAGACCCUGACCAUUCUAGUCCGCAGCUCCCAGGCAGGCCUCCAGGACUGCAUGCUGCUGGAGGGGCUCCGGGAGGAAGGGGGCGGUGAGCGGGGGCCAUGAAGACAGAUUCAGAAACUCCCCCAGAGGAGGAGAAGAUGUCUGAGCCACCUCUGAGCCACCAGUAAGAUUUCCUUCGGCUCCUGAAAAAGCCACUGUGGGGGGAGCUGCUUCCAAUUAAAGCCCUUGGUGAUAUCACGGGACUGUGUCUCC